AUGUUACCUAUCACUGCACUUGUUCAAUUAACUUUUUAUCGAUGUGUGUCAUACUUUGAGACUCGUAGAGCAGAGAUACGUGCUAGAAUGGCAGUUGGAGAUGUGUACACUGCGUAUGCAAUUGAAAAAUUUAGAAGAGCUGAGGCCAAAGCUAGUGGACACACUGUCACCAUUUUCCAUCGAAUUCAUGAAACAUUUGAAGCAAUUACUGCUCUCCAUGGGUUUCAUAUGGAUAAAGGACGUAACAAACAAGUGGUUAAGCUUAAUGAAGGUACAUGUAGUUGUAAUAAGUGGCAAUCAUUUGGCAUUCCAUGCUCACAUGUGCUAGCUGUUUCUGCUCAUAUGAGGAUUGAUAGUUGGCAAUUAGUUGAAAAAUACUAUAGGCUGGAUGCCUAUGCCAGUUGUUAUGCUCCUGAAUUUAAUCCCAUUCCUCAUGAAUCUUAUUGGCUGUAUCCUGAUUUUCCUAUUCUCCACCCUGACCCAACUUCAAUAAGGGAUAAGGGGCGUCCUAGAUCAUCAAGGAUAAGGAAUGAAAUGGAUUUGAAGGAACCAAGCGUUAGGAUUCGAUGUGGUUUAUGA